GGCAGGGUUUCCACGUGAGCUAAAAAACGGAUAGACUCUUCCCUCCCAAAAAGGGCAGAAAAGGACAAAUAACCUAUUGCUUAUUGUUUACUUUUACUUAAUUUUCUGUUAAUUUUCAUCUUUAGUAAAUUGUGCUAGAAUUAUGCCUAACGCUUCAGAAUUCUGUUAGGAUUAUGCUAAAUUGAUAGGUAUGCUAGACAUUAUGCUAGACGUCAAAAAUUUACUCAAAUUAUGCUAAAAACACAAAAUUAUGCUAGAUCUGGCAACAGCCGCAACACUGAAACCCGCGUAUCUAAACAAGGCCGCCUGGAGACAAGGCGACACGACACAACACACACACCUGCUGCCUUCCUUGACACUCUUACACUUACACAAAGGCCUGGGUUUCAAGACCCAACUCUAGUAGGGCUCCUAGAAGCCCAUCCAGCCAUCGUGCUGGUAAAAAUAAAACAACAACAACAGAGACAAGGCCAGAUCAGUUUCGCGGGUAUCUUGAUACGUCAUCAGCCGACGAUCGGCUUCCGGUCUUCGCCUCAGUUAGUUUAAAAUGGACAGCGGUGGGGUACGCUUAAGGCCGCCGGGAGAACACGCUUCGCGCGACUUGCUUUCCAUUAUAAAACUACUUGUGACAAUGCCUUCUACUUGCUGUGUACCUUACUGCAAAGGCAAUUACAAAACUGGUUCAAGAGUGAGUGUAUACCGAUUCUCUCAACAGCCUGAGCUUCGGAGGAAAUGGUUACAAGCCAUCAGGAGGAAGCAUUUCACUCCAACUCAUUACAGCAGGACUCACUCAGUGCACUUACAUCCCUGCAGUCACUCUCUGCUUCACAUCCAGUUGCUGCCAAGAUCCAGGAAUGGCUGUUUUGCCUCUCAACAAGGAAAACGUCCGUGCAGUUCUGCUGGGUUCCUGGCCAGGUUGACGUCCCAGGUGUGGACUCCCUCGCUCGCUCUGCUGCCCUAACCACCAGCAACUUCCCACAUCCCAUUCCUACCGCCGACUGCUUCCCAGCCCUCACCUCCAUGCUCCGAGACUUAUGGCAGUCUUCAUGGAACAUGCAGAAUGACAACAAACUCCAUGCCAUCAAGCUCACCAUCCUCCUGUGGCCUCUCUCCACCCACCAGAACCGGCGCUGGGAAACUGCCCUUGCUUGUCUCUGCCUGGGCCACACCGGUCUCACUCUUUGACACCUCGUGCGCCGUGAACCUCCACCCAUCUGCCAGCGCUGCCACUGUGCUCUAAGUGUCUCACAUAUAUUCCUGGACUGCUCUGACACAUACCCCCAUCGUCGUGAUGCAUUUCCUUUCCUGGCCACCCUGCAAUGCCCCGCAGUGCUCACUGAUUUUCUUGGAGACUCUCCCACCUUUUCUGUCCCUAGAAUAAUGACCUUCCUAACCAGUCUUCAUCUCUUCAAUCAGAUCUGAGUAAACGCAACUAUUCUUAGUGCCAUAUAGCCUUUCAGGCUUGGUGCUGGUACCUUUUCAAAAUUCAAUUAAAUUUCCCUGCUGAUGGACCCCCCCACAUCCCUCUCCCCUAUACUACCUGCAACUCACGCACCAUCUGUUACAGGCUCCACUCCCUAAUCAAUUCCUCCAGUCCGCCCAUUGAGCCCGUAUAUCCUCCCUAAAAUCCUUGUAUAUUGUCUAGCAAUUUCAAUAUUUUGAUGUGUUGGUGAUUAUCUAUUUAUUGAUUGAAUCAGCCAUAGGGGAGGCCAAGUGUGUGGUGUGGUUAUUUUCUUAUUAAUUCUGAUAAGGAUUGUCCUUAUUUAUUUACUUAUUUUUGUGAUCCCAUCUAAUAAUUUAUACACACCUGUGCAGCCUAGUUAUUAUAUUUCUUUGUGUUAAACAGUUAUUUCUUUUGUGUAUGUGUUUGGGCUACAACAGGUGGUGCUGACGCUGUGAGUGGCACUUAUUUCAGUAUUAGGCAACCGUGUUUGUACUUAUUUCCUGAUUAAUUUCUAUUUUUGAGGUGAUAUAUUUUAUGAUUGUCUUUAUAUUAUUUCAGUGGGUGUUGCUUUAACUUUGAACGUAUCUUAACUUUAUCCCUGAUUGUGAUUAAGUUUAACUUUGCCUUAUUUUUUGUGUAAAUAAAUUUUGU